AGGUGCUGUCGGGAACAUGAUGCUUGUUACGAUCGCAUUAUAAGCUCCAAAAUCUGUCCCUAUAGCGAUGAUGUUUACUAUGAAGUUUACUCACUGGUUGGAUGCAGCGGAUGUGGUAUGGAAUAAUACAUUUUACCUCCUUUCCUUCUUUCUUUGCAAAUUGUAAGUUGUUUUCUAACGCCAGAGUUAAAAGAUUUUGCAAAUUUUUGUCAUGAUAUGAGUCUUGGCUGCCUGUAGAGUCAUUCUAGUUUGGCAGGAUAUGAAUCGUUGUCAUUCAGCUCGCAGGCUAGUUAAUUCAUCAAAUAAAUACGAGUUUUUCCCCAAAAACUAUUGAGAAAUUGUUGCUAAUGUUGUCAAUGAUCUUUGAUUUAAAUUUUGUCCCAAUGUUUCAGCUAGUAAACCAAGCAAUAAUGCAUGA